GAAGUGUCGCGAAGUCGAGGCUUUGUGCCCAAAAUGGCGACCGCGGGGACGGAAGAAGACGAUUCUCCUGAAAACUCCAACAACAAGCUCUUUACCCGCUCACGGACCUAUUCCAACAGUACCAUGACCAAGAGAGAGUCACACUGGAAGACUGAGAGGCUAAAUCUGCUAAACAUUGCCAAGCUUUGUAUUAAAACUUUGAUUGAAUCUGCCCUAGAAGUUGGCAAAGUGAUAGGCGAAGAACACGAACCUUUCCAACAGUUCUUUGUUAUUAUCGAAAACAUCCUGCGACAUGGCCUCAAAUUGAAGCGCAAUCUCCUUGGUCAACGGAGAGACUAUUGGGCAGCACUAGAGGCCCUUGAGAAAAUCGCACAUGAAUCUGAUGAAAUUACAAACAGUGUGCGAAACUUGCCAAGUAUUAAAACCAGCCAUGGCAAAGGGAGGGCAUGGACACGACUUGCAUUGAUGCAGAAGAAACUAGCAGAUUACAUCAGGAUUAUUGUGGAAAACAAAGCUGCAAUGGCGGAAUGGUAUGAGAGCCAUGCCUUACUGAUGCAGGAUGAAGGAAUUGUCAUUUCUGGUCUUCUUGUUGGCAUCAAUGUCAUCGACUGUAACUUUGACCUCAAAGGAGACAAUCUUGAUACAUGGUCUUCUGUGCUAGAUCUCAGUCUUUACCUCAAAGAUGGAAACUAUUUAGAAAAAUCAGAAGAGGAUGGAAAAAAGUCAGAUACAGGAAGUAAGACUGACUGGACCGUGCUGAUAGACCAGAAGACAUAUCUUGAAGAAGUUAACAAGAGUUUAAGCACUUCUUUGGCUGAAGUUCAAAACAAGAUGAAGAGCCUGCAGAUUACCCAUGAGGAACUUAAUAUUAAGUUGUCUGCUCAAGAGAAAGCUUUAAAAGCAAUGACAGAAGAAAGAGACAGACUGAAAUCUGAAAAUGAAGCAAUGAAUGAACUUAGUGCGAAGAAGAUCCAGCUUGCUCAAGCAGAUAUCAGCGUGGAGAGGGAGACCUAUCAGAAAUCCAGGGAGGGACUGAAUGAGAUGUAUGAUGUGGCGCAGAAGCAACUGGAAACCGAAAUGCAGCUAAGAAAGGAGACUGAGAGAGAGCUGGAGAUGAUGCGCUCCAUGAAGGAGGAGAGUGAGGUCGCCAUGCGUCUGCUGGAGAAGGACAUCCAUGAUAAGCAAGACACGCUGAUCGUACUAAGGCGGCAACUGGACGACAUCAAGAAGAUCAACCUCGACCUGCACAACAAGUUACAGACGUGCGAGUCCUCAAACAGACAGCACAUGGAAAAGUGUUCGGCACUGGAGGAGAAUUGCGCACGUUUUGUCAAUCAGAUCAAGGAGCUAGAACACCGGCUAAAAGUGGUUGGGGCAGAAAAGGAUCAAAUGAUGGAGACGUUAGAAGAAUUCAAGAAUAAUCUCUCAGACACACAAAGUGAAAGAUCAGCGCUGGAGACAAACCUUAAAAUAGAGCGCGAGUGGCGGACCAACUUACAGGAGGAGCUUCACAAGGAGAAGGAGAGAAUUGGUUCCUUGCAGCAGUCACUCAGGCGCAUGGACGCGCUGAAAAAGGAAUACCAAACAACUCUUGAGAAGAACGCUGCUCUGGCAAAGGUCAAUGCAGAACAGGAGACGGCGCUGGUGGAAAUGGGAUACCAUCUUAGCACAUCGCAACAGAAAGUCGAAGAAAUGAAAGAAGUCACCUUAACAAUGAAGGAAAUGAAAUGGACUGACGACAAGGAAGCCUUGAAUUGUCAGCAAUGUGAACAGCCCUUCUCACUAUCCAGGAGAAAGCAUCACUGCCGUAGCUGCGGUGGUAUUUUUUGUCAACCCUGUUCCAGUAACACCAUGCCGCUCCCGUCCUCCGCUAGACCCGUCCGUGUGUGCGAUUCGUGCCAUACUGCUCUCCUACAGAGGUACCAGAGGUGACAGUGCCAGGGAAUUUUAAGCCAGAAAAAAAAUACAUAGACCAGGAACAAAUUAAUUGGAAGGACUAUAGGAGUUUGCAUACCUUCUUUUAAAUGAAAUUCAUAAUAAUUUUCAUCUUUCAGUUAUUUAAAUGUCAGCGGCAUAUUCUUACAUGAGCAAACAGUACUCGCAAACCUCCAAGCCUAGCACAUACAGUAGUAGCGACGUAGCAACUUAAUGAACCUGUCGAAAAGUAUUUUGUUCUGUCGUUGUGAUUGUUUCCGAAAUAUUCACACCGACACGGUAGACAGGUGCGCGCGCGUUUUUAUCUUGCUAUGUGCAUCAGGCUAGCAAAUUUUUUAAAUUCCACGCGCGCUCCCAGAGAAAUCGUCAGAAUUUUACAGUGAAUUAAAACGUUUUGAAGUGGCCUCCAUACUUUCUCAGUAAGACACUCUUGUUUUAAUUUUAACUUUUAAAUUGAUCUAGAAACUCACUAAAAAGGUAAAAAUAUAUAUUCCGUAUGAAUUGUGUACUGCAGGUUGGAUUUUAGCUUGUUCCGGUCAGCAUUGUUGGCGAUGCAUCGCUCGAAUAACCACAUCGCAAAAAAAAUGCUGGUGAAUUCGCAGCACCAACAAACCUGGUGUUUUGUCCUUUUGUCAGGGCUGCUUACGGGCCAGCGAGCAGAUUUUUGUAAUGUGAUAUCUCCCUUUAACCACAGGGGAAGACAUCCAUGAAGACACAAACAAAUAGCCAAAACAAUCUUGCUAUACACCUUACUGGGCGAGCCUACAAGUCCAACUAACACCUUACUACUGUAAUUAAUGGCUUUAAAAACAGCUAUAUACAAUUCAGGUAUAAAGUUUAGCGAACGUAACUACGUGUUAUACGUGGGAAUCCAGAGCAGGGUGAAAGGGAGGGACUGCUGUGGUGACAAUGCUUUUAAAACAAACCAUUUAGAAAUAAAUCGUAAUUUUCUAUUUAGAAAUUAUCUAUUUAACAGUAUACAUUUUAUACGCCCGGGCUCUCAUCGGAUGGUAUUCCCGGUCACAAUUUAUCGACAUAAUUUAGAGUAAACCUAGAUAAUUUUGAAUAAAAGUGAAAAAACAA